AGUGCCGGGGAUACAACCAGUGGAGAGAUACAGGGGAGCUGUAAUUAGCUGGCAGGACUACGUUGUAGACAACGAUUUAAUCAUGUAAGGACUGGAAAAAGACUCGUUUCCAUCAUGUGGCUGGAUUUUACGGGGGAGUAGUUGAUGCUGGUGCGUCGCUCAUGCUUAUGUGGGAGAGAAAUGAACAGAGAAGGUCAUUUUUCCCGGAGAAGGAUGGAGGGAGGUAACGGCCCCCGCAGUGUCUGAAAAGAGUGCAGUGAGCUAGGUAGCAUAAGAGGACGACUUCCGGAGGAGAAUUUCAAAAUAAAGGAUCCCUGAGAAUAAACAGGCUCCGAAUCGGUGUAAUUUUCCUUGUUAUACUGAACCGACCUUUUGGAUACUAUUAAAGACGACGAAGUAACAGAGAUUACCGUUUCUUGCUCUAACUGUAAGACUAAACUCUAAAAUAACUAUGUCGCAAAUUGUGUACAUUUUAUUUUGUCGUCGUCAGAAGACUAACGUUCGUUGGCUCGUGUGUAGCUCAAGCUAGCUUAACGCAGAGAAAAAGACGUGAAGUUACAAAGCCUCGGACCAAAACAAGACUUCACAGCCUGGAGUGGACUACGAAGCCCUGUUAUGAAUGGGACCUACCUCGGCUCACUGUGUUGUUCAAGUCAAAUGCCUUUAAAUUUCCCGGAUUGGUCGUUUAUCAGAAAUUGGAGCGCCGGUGGAACAUAAACGGUAGGCUGUAUUAAUAACGGUUCAGAUAUUUCUGCAGAAACGAGCUUUCUCUGACAUUAAACUGUACAUGGUGGUUUGUUUUAAAACUAAUUCAAAGUUAUUCUUUCUUUGUAUUCCUGGCAUACAUUUUGUACAACAUCACUAAUUUGUUGAUCUUGUUAUAAACCUUUUGCCCUUAGACAAGCAUGUAAUAAUUUUGGCUGCAUGUAAGAUACCAAGAUUUUUUUCAAACAUAUCUUAUAUUUUUUUCCCCUACCACAGUGUGUUACCAGGGAAUGUUGCGUACCCCUGUUUGUGUCCCUGUAAUUUUCAGAGUUUUCUUAUCUUUUUUACACCCUCAUAAUUAUAUUAGGAGAGCUGGUGAAGAAUCCAGUCUAGGUGGAUUUCCUCUUCGCUACUUGAGAGAAUUUGUUGUCAUGUUGUCAAGGACUCAUGCUUUGACUUUGCUGUUGCACUAUAACAGGACAGACACAAUUCCCUUCUGGGUGCAAACCACUAAGCAGGAACUCCCUUUUAAAAGCAGUAUUUUAUAUUUAAGGAUUUUUUUUAACUGCUUCUUUUAGAGCGGCACAAUUUUAGCCAAAGCAAUAGUUGUGAUUACAAUGUUACAGUGUCAUUUAGCAGGUAGAUUUUGUCCCAUAGACUGUAUAUAGAAUGGAUAGCGUCUGCCUCCUUGCUGGGUGAAGCCACUCCGAAAACAGCGCACCCUGGUGACGGCCUGCAGUAUAGGUCAUAAACCUCGCCUCCUCCAGCAAUCCCUAUGGAGCUGUGGACAAACUUUAGAAAUUUAUUACACAGAAUAUAAAUUUUUCUCCCCCUUGCACGCGAUGUUGACAUCUAAUUAUUGUAAGACUGGUUUGUGCUCAAGUCCUCUUUUCAGUACAGCUCAAUUUUUAAAAGUUAUUAGGGGGUUCAUGUUUUCUAUGAUUGACCCUUGAUACAGCCUAUGGGCGCUUAUCAGGGUUGCAUGAUACUGGAUUUUUGCCAAUACACAGCUGUUUCUCUUGUAACAGAACACUUGUUGCCCUUAUUGUGACAGCCCAUUUGAUUUAGAGCCAAACAACAUUUUAUUCCCAUCACAGGCACAUAUUCAACACAUUGCCUUUUUGGCUGAUGAUUAUAUUCGUAGAAAUCUUCAUAUCUGCAAUACCAAUAAUUAACUUUCUAAGCUAUGAUAUGUGAACACCAAUGUCAUGGUAGUAAUUUUUCGCAUCCCUUCUUGAUUACACUUGAUAAUGCUUGUCAAUGCUGCAGCAUAGCUUGUUUUGCUCCCUUUGUCCCUCUGCUUCACAAACACACACACCUGAUCCUCUUGUUCUCUUUCUGCUUUGCUGCUGAUGCUUUUUUAGAACUCUUUGUCAAUAAUUUCCAUCCACUAUGUUUCCUUGCAUGUGGGAAGGCCGAAUUGUGAUAGUGAUUAACAUUAACAUAUGCUGUUAACCUGUUUGAAGAGCUCAUGACAGUUUGACAUCAUUUCAAACCUGCUUAAGGAAUCAGAAUAUGUUCAGGAGGACUAGAGUUAUUGUUUCCUUUCUUCACCUUCUCAGGUUUGCCUUCUAGAACCAACAUGUACCGUCCAAAAAAACAGAGGCUCUUGUAGUGGGAGGAGGGCUGCCUGCUCCUACCGCUCCUCCUCCUCUUCCUCUGAACCCUUUUUGGUUCAAUGACGGGACCCAACUCCCCGAGCCGGACCGGCACCUCCCCGGCCAAGCUGAGCAGGCAUGGCCGGUCUAAGAGCACCAGCGCACACUGCCUCCUCCGCUGCAGCACCCAGGAGGAGUCAUCGGCCUCUCCCCCUUACAAUGGUUCCCGGUCCCCUGGGGAGGAAGAGGAGAAGGAUGGAGGGGUUCUAUUCUAUGUGAACAGGACGGGUUUUCCCAUAGAGAGUGUGACCUGGGAGAGGAUGUGGUCCCAUGUGGCUGCUGUGCACCCUGAAGGACAAGAGAUGGUGGAUAGAAUACGAAAUGCUGCAUACCUACCCAGGGUAAGUGAUUGAUUUAUCCCUCAGUAUGUGAGGUUGUGGACUAAAACAUCACUUUUAGAGUGAUUGUUACUAUCAGUCCCUUUUAAAUGUGUCAGAGAGUAUGAUUAGAUUCUCCUGGAUUCAUCUGAAAAUAUUUUCUCCUUUCUGCAUAUUUGUCUUCAUUUCCCAGCACGCCCUUUGUCUUAAAUCUUGCUGUGGUGAUGUUAUCCAAAAACCCCUGCACUUUGAAUUUUAGUCUGUUGUCUCAUUACCACUUUGGCACCACAUUUUUUGGCUUAAUCAUAUUUAUAUUUAGAGGAAUAGAUGGCCACUCAGUCCCCUCCACCCUUUUUUUUUACCAAUAUUAUGUUUGUUUUUUGGCUAUAAUCUUUACUUUGAAGCAUCCAGAGUUUAUCUACUUUGAUUAUUUGCUGUAGUUUGUUGGUUUGAAGACUAAUUAAAAGAAAAUUAGCAAAAGAAAUUCACAACCUCUCUUACAGUUGUGUGUAAGAGGGUUUCACAUGACAGCAGAAAUCCCUCAGAGGUCCAGUGAUGUGCUCUCAGUGUUAACAGGCUCUUUAUGAAAGGGUUUUCUUGUGGAACCCUCUAGGGUUCUCUGUGGCUGCUGCACUGCGAAGGAAUCCAAAGGUCUCUGCGCUUUUAGGCAUUCGAGGCAACUCUGUUGUGCUCUAAUGUGACAAGACAGGAUGGAUGAGGGUUAGUCAGGGGUGUUCAGGUUUCUGCUGAAAGUGUAGGCAUAAGUGUGACUGAUGUGGGAAUUUGAGAAUGUAAGAGAUACUGGUUUUUAAGCCACAAAAAUCCACAGAUUGUCAAAACUUCUGCAGAUCAAAGAUUUAUUUUGAGUCUGGAAUGAAACUGGACCAUUUCUGCGUGGCAUGUGCAGAAAUGUGACAGUGCAUUUGUAAAUCACCAAAACAUUAUUCUCUGUGUUACAUUUACUGCUAAGUGUGAUCCAUCUGUGAUAGGCUCGUAUCAGUGUAAUCUGGGUGUGGUGACAAAAACAUCAGUCAGGCUCCAAUCCACACUCUGCAACCUCUGACAGAGCUGGGUGUGAGUUUGUGCUUAUGAAACAUGUUUGUUCUGUUUUCAUCUGGACUUUUUCUGAACAAAACAGUAAAAUAAAGUUAAAGUUUCUGCCACAGGUUAAAAAGUAAACAUUAAUGUGAUCAGAUUGAGUUGUAGAAAACUAGAACUAUUGUAGAGCCAAAGUUGGUUUGCAUGUUUUUGACUGACAAUGAGUCAGUGAUUUGUUGACCUGUAGCUGCAGCUCCUGCAACUCUCUGCUUCAUGAGCACACACACUUUCAGGUGCCCCCUCUAUAAUCACAAACCCAUAAAUGCAUCACAUCACCAUGGCAACAACUGUGCUGGAUUGAGUCGCUCAAUCUGUGAAGCAAUGCUAACUCAGCCUUUUUAAAUUUACGCUGCGUUUGUGUGACUCACAUAUGAACUGUCAUUGCAGUAUUGAUGUAACACAGAAUUGUGUGUCUGCUGUUAAAUCUCAUGUUUCAUAUAAAAUUAGUCUCUCAAGCAAAUAGAACAGAAGUUUUAGCCACAAACUCUAUAAUGCUUACCUCUGUGACGUAUCUUUAAGGAGGACACUAAAUCCUAAAAACAGCCUCAGAGGGUUGGUCUCUUCUGAUCUUGAUCUCUGACUGCGUAGUGCAGUCAAUUUCCCCACAACAAAAACUGCUCUGUGUUUCUACUGUAGUAACUUACGAUUUAUGUGACACAAAUAUUUGAUUCAACAUUGAAACUUUUAUCUCCUCUCAACAAAGAGAAGUGCUGCACUGAAAAAGCAAACAGCCAGUCAUCAAAAAAUAUCGAUGUAAUUAUUGUGAAUGUUGAUAAUUUAAUAUAAAAGUAAAUAUAAAGCAAAAACACCACAUCUUCUUUGCUGGUUUUACCUUUUUAAGUGUGUUUUUUAAAUUUUACAAUUGGACAUAAGCAAACAGUAUCAAUACAUCACUUUUGGCUGAAAGCAGUCGUGUUUGAACUUAAAUUUAAUUACAGUUUUCUAACAUUCCAAACCCUUGACUGUUAAUCGGAAUAGUGAUAAUUAAAUGCUUUUAUUGUUAAUUUUUAUAAGAAAUUUAAAUGUGGUUUUAAGGAGACUUUGUAUCCCUGGUGCAAAUAUUGCAGAUAAAUGAUUGGUUAAAAAGAAAAAAAAAUUGCUGUGUAACUUUUUGUCACAUCUUGUUAUUUACCAGGGCAUGACAUGAGAACUGUACUUGUCAGUUUAUCUUAUGUUUUGUCUCUGUUUAGUCAUGGUAAAGAAGUACGUCAACUUGUUGUCAAUGUUUUUGAUGACACUGAUUUUUGCAGAAAAGAACCACAAGCUGCUCCUUCCCCAACAUACAACAUAGUUGAAACAUUACAUGUACAAACAGACAUGCAAAUAUGAAAUAGCAACAAUAGCAGCAGUUCCUUUUUCACAUCAGUACUAAUGACCAUGAUGUCAGUUAACUGAAAGGGAAACAAUCGAUAGACAAAAAGUCUUCAGUGUGGAAAAGUAGUCCUGACAUGCAUCAUACACAUCUUUGUCUGCUGCUGCUGCUGAGGCCCCCUCAGCUGACAUUUUUCUCAUUUUUUCCCAUCUGUGAUUUGGAUGAAUGAUUGUUGUGGUUCAGGCUGUGGAGGAGGGAAUCUGGUGGUUGUUAAGCUUUGCUAAUUGGCUAUGUGGUCAUUAGUGACCCGCUUGGCUGGCAGUGCCACACUCCUGUACUGUUAGUGUGGACAUAAGGGGGGCAGGGGGACAUGAUGUGUUCACACACUGAUCCAUCAGAGAAAGUAUCCAUGGAAAACAAUGUUUAAUUUUUAUACAUAAAGUAAGGACUUAAUGAUUCAUGUAUCCAACAUACGUCGGCUGACAUUUGCUUAAACUGAAAAUAAGAUGACAUUAACUUGACCACUGUACUUUAAGAAAAUGUUUAAAUUUAAGCUAAUUUGAUUUUAUUCAUGUAACUAGGACACUGCCCUUUGGAUUUUUUUCUACCAUGCACCUGGAGUGCCUGUUGAUUCACGUAUUGGUAUUGUUGUAUUGUGAAAAUGCAACUUGACCCUGGUGUGUGUUUGUGUGUGGAAGGUGUGGAAACAGGUGGUUACCACAGACGCAGUCGCUAACACACUGACCCGUAUGUGUCUCCUGGAGAGUGAGAGAGGGACAAUAAGGACAACCAGUGUUACACAAAUAAAACAAAAACAUUAAACUGGCAGUUUUUAACGGAUUCUUUUGUGGUUUUUUUUUGUCAGAUUUAUCAAACAGGCGAGCUAAUGAACUCUGAUGGUAUUGUGAAAUAAAUUGCUUCAGCUGUGUUUUAAAAUUAAAUCAUAAGACAAAAAUCAAUAACAGAAUAUUCAGACGAUCAUUGUGGGGGAAAUUCAAUACCAAUAGACUAAUUCUCAGAAAGUAAACACACCUAGAUGUGUUUAUAGUGAAGCAUAUGAUACCUGUAGGUAGACUAAACACUGAGUAAAUCUGUGUUUAUAUCGUCUGUGAUCAGAGUCAGUCCUCCUUCUGCCCUUACUGCCCUUAUUUACAGGAUGGAAGGCUUGGCACUGGUGCCUUUAAUUCCUCUAAUACUAUCUGGGUACUGGAUAAUCUCUUGAUACCAACUAGACUAGAACCCGCCUGGUGAUGAUCUCUGUCUCAGCUCUGGAAGCAAAAUCAGCUUAAUAGUACAGAGCAGGGGUGGGCAAUUAAUUUUUACAUGGGGCCACAUGAGAAACCUGAACUGUGUUGGAGGGCCGAACCAACAAUAACUUUAACUUCAAUUCAGGGGGGUCACACAUACAGACAAGCAAGCCCAAAUAAGCAACUACUAGUUAAACACAAGCCCCAAAAAAGCGCACCUGCGACUCACAAGUUUUACAAGCGACUUCUGAGAGAAACAAGCUUAAAGUCUUUUAUAAUAAGCAGACUGAACAAAUAUAAGGUGUCCACAUAUAUUUUGCAGAUGUUUAAACUUGUCUCUGUUCACGAAUGCAGAUCUAGAAUGUACACACGUGCGCCCACAUGGAAAUAAAACAAAAGCUAGGUUUUCAAAAUGAAAGCAACACACUUGUAAAGCAUGUUGAUGAUUUGAUUGACGGACCUCACAAAAGGUGGGGCAGGGACAUCCAAAGGGCCGGAUGUGGCCCUCGGGCCAUGAAAUGCCCAGGUCUGGAAGACGGGGCAUCGUGCUCAUUCUCAGGCUUGAUAGCUUUCCUCUAGUAGCUUUUUUGCAUACCUCUACUGGCUCUCUGGAAGCCUCCUCCUCUGUUGCCAUGCUGCUAAGUGGUCAUCAGAGGUUAACAGGUGUUUCACUGUUUAAAUAGCUUUGAGUUUUAAACCCCAGGGAUGAAAAAAAAUAAUAAUAAUAAAAUAAAAUAAAAUAAAUAAAUAAAAUAAAAUAAAAUAAAAUAAACAAAUAAUAAUAAUAUAUAAAUAAAUUAAAAUUAAAAAUAAAUUAAUAAAUAAAUAAAAUAAAAGAAAAAAAUGAAUGAAUAAAUAAAACAUAAAUAAAAUCAAAAUUAAAAAAAAGGAUUGCCCAAUCUGUGACGUUACUAACUGAGCAAAUCUCGUGUCCCUCCAACUUAGUUUUCAUGUGACUUUCUGAGUAAGCCGUAAAAGUCUGAUCCCGGGGCUACUCCAGCACACACUUGCCUAACUGUUUAAAACUCUGCUCCUGUUUAGCAGCAACAUCCAACAUUUGAGUUAAAUGUUUGUUUUGAAAUAUAAAAAAACACAAUACCGCCUCUUUAAGUGUCGGUUACGUGUGAAUAAAAGGAAGAUAUGUGGUCGUUAGAAUAUUUUCAACUCAGUGCCAAAGGUUUUUGACAACCUAGACAAAUUACACUGAUUACAGACCUCAGGUAGAACAGAAAGAGCUGUCUUGUUCAUGCCUGUGUGCAGGACUCUGUACCUUUUCAUUCAGUUUGGGAGACGUACAGUUUCCUUUGAUUUAAUGUUGGUUUGAAUGAUUCCCUGCCAGCAUGGAUUUGUUCAGACAGAUGUGCUCAGAGGCAAAGAGAUACAGCCGUCAGCACAAAUCUUCAACAAGGUGAUCUUUAGUGUGAUUACUGCAGUCUUGAAGGCUCUCAUCGCUUUUUAUGUAACCAAAUCAAAAAGAUGAGGACUCAGGAGAUGGGGAGUGUCAGGUCCAGACUUUGCUUAAUCAUUUGUUUCUCAGCUGUCUCUCUUGGCAAACGCACACUCUCACCCACACAUUUGCACACACAGGGAGAGAGAAAGGCUUUCCUUGGGAUGUCCCGCUCUAAAGAUAUCUCUGCAGCAGGAAAUAUGAUCCGUGUCUCUCCCCCUCUACAGCUGCCUCAGUUGUUUCCAUUUUUAAUGCACACAGAGAAAAGUGCUUCAAAGGUAACAGAGGGCACUUCUAUCUGCAGCAUCCCUUCACCUCAGCACUCCUUUCACCUGGCGCUUUGGUCUAGUCAUGAAACAGGGAGUGAAUUAACCUGUGAGAUGUGGAUUAGUUUAAUUGGCGGUGUAUAAUGUCUUGAUUUAAAAGCUAAGUAGGCUCAAUUUGCAUAUUAGACUGCAGAUGUUUUAUAGUUGAGCAGAAUUUGAGGAGUGUGAGUAAGAGGAGCAAGAGAUUAGAGUCAGACCAAUGUUUUGCAGAAAGCUUGUUAUCUAUAGGGUUACUAUUUCAGGAGGAAGAGGGGAGUCUUGUUGAGAUCAUAUCCCUUAAAGGUGGGACAGGCAGGAUCUGAGAGAGUGCCAGUUUCUUGGAGAAAUCUUGAAUGUAAACACUUCCCCUCCCAACCAGUUUUCCCCUCAGCUCCUUCUCUUCCCUCCCUCUCUGCUCCAGAAAGCCCCGCUCACAAACAGACACACCUGCUCGCUCAUAUCGUUCUAAUUAAAUUCAGAUAUAAUGCAGAUAAAUACUUCAGAUAAUUACAAAUGGGGCCCAGUAAAGGUGAAAGUAAAAAUCAUUGGUGCUACUGUAGAUGCCAACAGACUAACAGAAAACAUGAUGUUUGCAGGACUUCUACAACUAGGAUAAAGUGACAUACUCCAGGACCCGAGGUAAACAGUUUAGCCCGGCUUUUUAAGCGCCUGUUAUUCCGGUGUUUACUUCGUUUUUUUUGCUAAUGUUGGCAGUCGUGGCCAAAGGAGUAUUCAGACAAUUUUCCGUACUCUCUGGUUGGUUUCUACUGUCUGAUAUUGUAGCAUGCUAACUUUGUUUGGGCUUGUGAAUGACAUGGGGGAGCAGCAUCUCACAACAUGAGGGAGCAGCAUCUGCCUCACAACCAAUCAGGUUGGGGGAGGCAGAGAAUGGCUUAUUUAACAGUCAGAAAGAGCAGGCCGCUCAAAAAAUGUUAAAAUGUUGACUACACAGACAUAAGAGAACACAGCGAUAUCAUUAUAUUCCCAAAUGUCAUCAAUAACUAAUAGCUAUUGACUUAUAUUAAAAGCUUUCUUGUAUAUACAGCACAAAAAAGAUGCCUCUUUAACGGAUUCCUGCCUACCCCACCUUUAAAGCCAAUAGUGGGAUUUCAUUUUAGGCUGCAUUGCCUCAGUUUGAAUGUAAAUGCAGAAAUCUGGGAGGAUUUGAUUGUAAGGUGAUUGUGAGACUGAUUGAUAUAUGAUAUAUGAGAAACCAGCUUGUUUCUUCAUUCAGGAUGCAGCACCCUUUUUUACACUGAGACCCUGUUGCAACCUCAUCAGGACGCUCAACCAAGACUUGGGAUGACUCCAAAACUUUAACUGUAGAUUAAAAAGAGGAAAUAGACGUCCUGUACUCACGUCUCCCUUCAGCUGCACAGUGAUUGUUCAUCCCUGCAUACUCCCUCACUUACAUUUUGUUUUUCUUUCAGCAGCCACCCUCUGUUCACCAUCCCCCACUUCCUUCCAACGGUUCCAAAUCCCAAAACCAGGAAGGUCAUAACCUCCCUCUCUUUCGCUCUCCCUCUUUCUCUUCUCUGUCAGUUUUUGGUUACAGUCCCUCUGGUUUUGGUCUCUGAUGCUGGGUGGGUUGGAUUGCCAGCUUGCCUUCUGGUUCUGGAGAGGAGAGAAUAUGAAGAGGAGGGGAAAGUGAUGGAGAGGGGGGGACUGAAAAGAGGAGUCAACAUUAGAGGAGAGGAAAGAGUGUAAAGAAAGGUUUGAGAUAGCUUCAAAGGAGAACAAGCAGAGGAGGAAGAGGAGAACAGGAGAUGAUACCAGCUGAGGGGGGAAGGGAAGUAAAAGGAUGUGAGGUAAAGGCAGAUUAAAUACCAGAAGGAUGAAGAGCAGUCUGUCGACGCUAAAUGCUUCACAAAGAAAAGACCUGUCUGCUUCACUGAAUUGUUGACAUGUUUAUGUUUCGGCCAUUCCUGUUUUCAGGGUCACGUAGGCCUUGUUAACUCUUCACCUCCACGUAUUUGACACCUCAUAAAACUGCCACCUCCUCGAGAGGUUCACUCACAGUUUGAGUGUGAAAAAGUGCGACAGCUGUAUCCAUAACUGCCUCAAAUUUCGAGCAAAAAAUCUAAUUUCAUCAGGCAGAGUGCUGACUGUCCACCACGGCUCCUCUCAGCAGCCGAGGGUUCAUGAGCAGCUAAAAAUGAAGCAGCUGACAGUAAAUGCUCCAUAAAGAGGCAUUCAUUAGUCAUGCUAUGUAUUUCUAUUUAAAAAGAGCUUUGGUCGUGUAUCUGCUCUGACAGAUAGCUGCUGGUGGCGUUCAAAACUCCAUCAAAAAUCAAGCACUUAGCAUUUUUGAAUGGAGUUCAGUGAUGAAUCUGACGGCAGCAGCAGAAAGAUGGCAGCUCUGACCGUCAUCCUUCUGUAGCUGAGAAAGAGGAGAAUGAUAAAAGUGAGGGAUCACCAGUCAUCUCACUCCCUUACCCAGCAGAAAGCAGCUUAAGAGUGUGUGUGUGUGUGUGUGUGUGUAUGUCAGCUGAUGCAGCCAUCGUAUUACGCCUUAGUGAGGAUUUCACUACAUGGGAGAUUAUGUGGCAGUAAAACUGUCUGUUUACUGGUCUUGGCAGGCUGGCAGAAUGGUUUAUGGACUUACUGACUGUUGAUUUGCUGGAGAUCUAGAAGAGAGGCCCAUUGGUUUUUGUCUUACUGGCUCAUUGAUUCUGUGUUUGUAGAGAACAAGUGGUUGAGUGUCUAAUAACAAAAAAAUAUAUUGAUUAGUCAAUUAGUCUGGUUUAUGGUGUUUGGAAAUAAUAAACAUCAGGCUAAUAUAAAAAUUAAACAACAUCUGCAGACACUGCAGGCAGCCUCCUUGUAAAGUGGUGUUCUGAUACUGCUGAAAGUCAUAAACUUCAUCAUAGGACUGGGCGAUUCUAUGAUCGUGAUUAAUGAUCAUUUAGUUUUAGUUUUAGUUUUAUUUGUUGAUUCAAACAGGUUAAAAGAAAAACAGAAUAAAUACAAUGUACACUGGGCUUUGGCAGAGAAACUAUUGUGAUAAAUUUCAGUUCGAUCACUGUGAUCAACUCGAUCAAACAUUAUGAAAAUAUGCGUGACAACAGCUAAUCAGAGUCGAGCUUUUUCUGCCCACUUCUAUAAGUUGCCCGUGAAGUAAACAGGGGAAGUAAACAGAAUGACCAAACGUGGAGCUAAACGCGGCGCUGAGGCAGCAAACUAAAUGUCAGCCAUGACUUUGACUCAUCCUCCAAAGAUGCCAUUGUUGAGAAGAAAAGUCAUUCAAUGUCACUUGUGUGGCGGUGGUUCAGGUAUCUCCAAAGUGACGCCAAGCAAAGACCAACAACACAACGGAUCUGUUUAAUGAUUUGAAGAAGUACUUCCCGAGUGAUUAUGUGGAAAGCAUGAUAAUGCGAGCGGAGUCUACACAGCCUGUCACUGCUGACGGCACAAGUAGCAUUAGCAUUUUAGCCACAACUAGCUGUGCAGCCACCAGACCGAAGUAGCAAUCAAUCUUAAAAUCUACGUUUACAUCAUUUAAUGUUGACAUUUUAAGUCGUCUUCAUUGUCCCUGAGAGGGUGAUUUGUUUAUUUUGGGUAUUGGGUACCUGCUAAAACACUCCGGACUGUAAACUAGUUCACUGUAUUGUUUAGUAUUUAUCUACAUUUGUUGUACUGUUGAGUUAAACUGGUUUUUAUAUCUUUAUGUUUAUCUAAUUGAAUAUGCUUUGUUAUUUACUCUGUAUGUUAAUAAAAUGUUAAACUAAUCUCUAGUUUCUUUAGUUUUUAGUACAGAUGUUUUAAAACUGGCAGUUACAAAAAAAAAUUGUGAUAAUAAUCGAGAUCGGACAAUAUGACAAAAUAUAUCGUGAUCAUUUUUUCGCCAAAUCGCCGAGUCCUACCUCAUCACAUAUUUGCUUAGACUUAACCCUGUUAAAAAAACAAAAGAAAUUCUACAACAAUUUCUUGAUGGUUUAAACCUUGAAUCCCUCACUGGAUUUGACCCAGUUUACUGUGAGUACAUCUCAAAAUGUUUUCCUGUUGUUGUCGUUCUCAGCUCUCUUUUUACACCAAAAAUAAACAGUAAAGGAAAAAAAAACAGGAAAUGAUAGGGCUGCUAAUCAUGGUUCACCCUUCCUGCACACACAAACACACAGGCUGCCUGUGUGUCAGAGGAAGUGUCGCUUUGAGUUUGACUCUGACUCACCCUGUGCUGAUGUGGUUUCGUCCUUUCAUGAAACCACAUCUGUGACCUCCAGUUCCUCCCUGAAGUGCUCUGAGGUGAAGAAAGGAGUGUGUGUGUGUGUGUGAAGUGUGUGUGUGGUUUCUCACAGCUCACACUUUGGUUGUGUGUUAACCCAUCAGUCCUCAGGAAGCUGGUGCUCACGUUCACCACAAAACUCCAACUCCCCUGAUCAGGGACUGGCCUUUUGUUUGUGUCAAUCUUCUCCUGAUUUUCUGAUCUAGUUUCGGCGGUUAGCCACUGUCAGCUUUCUUAUAUGCAUGAGGUAUAGUACAUUUUGUGUCAGUUGCUAAAAACACUUCAAUACCACAUCCACCACAAGCAGACACAGCCUUGCUCAGUAUUAAUUGCUGUGGUAAUGACUUCUUACUUAAAUGCAUAUGUGGAUGGACCUUUCUUUCACAACAACAACAACAAAACCAAAACCAAUUUAACAUUUAUCAGAAGUAUCAUUAAAUCUCUACAAGUAUCUUAAAUUUUUAAACUUUGGUAUCUUGACAACACUUUUUUGUUUGAUAUUAAAAUGAUGUCUUAAACCAUCUCUCUCUCUCUCUCUCUCUCUCUCUCUCUCUCUCUCUCUCUCUCUUUUAGCACACUGUUCCCCCAAUCCCAACCUUCAAGCCGUCAAUGUCCGUCCCUGAUUGGCUGGUAGCCGUCCAGAACUUUAUGAAGGCUCUGCAGUAUCCUUUUUAACACGAACACAACACACACCCAACCGCACAUGAAAACAGAUGACAUUGUCAGGGCCACACCUGUCAAGUUAACUCGAAAUCAGGCUUUAAAUGAUCCAGACAGCAGCAUCAGGAACACUCGGUGUGGAGGGAGAGAAGAACAACAAUGACAGCUGCUCUGAAACAUCUGUUGUCCUUGACUGUUCGACCAGAUACAACCACACGGGAACCCAGUUCUUUGAAAUCAAGAAGAGCCGUCCUCUCUGUGGGUGAGUAGACCACAGCUUUCACUUUCUUUACACAGGAGCACUAUAAAACUUAAAAAGAGGGCGGAGGUCAUAGGUUAGUCAGCAGAGCAGGAACCUUGACCAUUCAAAUAAUCUUUAUCAACCCAUUUUUGACUCUUCUGACUUUUAAAGGUACCUAAUGCUGGGCUUCCACCAAAUAAUUUUCAGUCCCAGACUAAAAACUGAAAGUCUUAAGUAAAUCUUUGAGUUUUACUGGAGUCACAGCGGAGUCACAGCGUGUUUCCAUCAUCUCGAUCAUUAAGUUUUGGUGGUAUCUGUGCUGUUUUAUAUCCUAGUCUUGGGUUAAUGAUAAUAUCAAACGUGUUGCAAGUUACAGUGACGUAACACAACCAACAACCAAUAGAUGAGCUCUAAAAAAAGCUGAAAAAGAAACCUGACAGUCAAAACAAGAAGGACAAGAAUGUGUGAAGAGUAACUGCCGAUAAAAAAGGAGCGGAUAGUCGAGCUGUGGGCAGAUCAGACUUGCCUACUCGACAUUAACUGCAGGGUUUCCCCUACCUGUAAUGGCGCACCACCAUGGCUAAAUAAAAGCCACCACACCUCAAAAAUAAAGUUUUUUUACACGCUACCUUGGACUCGGUAUGUAUCAGUGUGGCGCACACGGGCUCACGUGCCGAGUAUUAGCAUUAACAAGUUCAGCAUUGUCAUACAUGAAAUCACAGCUGAUUAAUGAGCCGCCCCCCCCUUUCAAAUCACACACCACCACAUAUAGAUUCCCUACCAAUGGGAAAUGUCAAAAAAUGCUAAAAGAAUCUAGUUGUAGUCUUGUAAAUAGUGACCCUGCAAGAUUCAAAGUCUUUGUAAAUUCUCUAUCUGAGACUAGGCUGUGACUUAAAACUCUAAACACUUAUCUUUAGAUGUGAGCAGGUAUCAGCUGAUAGUUCUCCAGGAGUCCUCUGGUGGAUAGCUGGCCUCAAUCACAGAUGAUAAGAUUUUGCAAAGACCAGGUAUCUUCCAGAGUCAAAGCUAUAACUCGACAUUAGAAAUCCUCCUCCUGCUUUUCUAAACUAUCACUGGUUCAUCAGAGCUAAGUGCCUCAGCGCCAACAGCUUGUCCUAAUAAUAAAGAAACAUCAAACUGUCUCGACUCAUUUAGUUUGGACAGUUUAAAGCGCAGCAGUCCUCCAGUGAGUGAUUCAUUUCUUGCUUUUGUUACUGGAGGGGAAACUCCUGCUGUAAUUGUUAGAGUCACUGCACUGUUUGCAAAGAAAUAAGCCGAGACUUCUGAUCAGAUUUAACCUGCUGGAUGUCUAAAGGCGAAAAAGACCACUGAGACUGCUGAGUUUUAUCGCAGCCUCAGGGCAUAUUAAACAAGUGACAACAGCAAAAUAAACUUUGUUCUUUAUUGAUAUUGAAAUUCUUGGCGCCCCCUGUGGACAAAGUGGAAAUCUUUUGUCUCUUUGCAAGUCACAUCCCAUCUUACAUGUGCAGGUGGUGUUUUAAACCAAAAAUCUCCUCCUGUUUUCUUUAACCUUUUCACUAGGAGCUUUAAAUGAAGGACCACAUAUUCUCACCUGACUGCACUGUCCACCUCAUUUCUCUGCUCACUGUGUGCUGACCUUUGCAUUUGUUGAUGGAAACAAAAUAAAUGUUAUCUUGCAUUUAAAGAAUAUGUGAAGCCAGUUAAACUGGUGAUAUGUUAAUAUGAUUCCUAUAGAUCUAUAAAUCUCUGUUUUUCUACAUCUUCCUGUCCUCCUCUUCCUCUGACUCUCACUUGCUCUUGACACUUGUUCUUCUCUCUUUCUCUUCCUCGACUCCCUCUCCUCCCCCCUGCUUUACUCUGCCUGUACUUACCUCCUACUCUUACACAUCCUCUUUCUCUUCUCCUCAUCUUCCUCUCUGUGUCACUGUCCUCCUCUUCUUCAGGUUAAUGGAGACAGCAAGAGAAAUGAUCCGGGAGUCUCUGCCAAUCAAAUGUCUAGAGGCCGUCAUCCUAGGAAUGUAUCCUUUGCCUCACACAUACACACGCACACGCACAGCUCUAGGCCAGAAGGUUAGUUUUUCUUAUCUGUGGAUGAAAUCGAUAAGACAUGCUGCUCUAAUGUCCUAAUGCCCCCCUCACCAUCACCAAUCUUUCCAGCUCUCACCCAGUCGUGUUGCUUGGCAACAAGCCCUCUUCAAAGUUUAACCCCCUACCGUACACACACACACACACACUCACACGCACACGCAUACAUUCUCUUUCCUACAAGCUUAACAUGAUCCUGCUGAGCUAAAAUUUUGAAGCAGCAGCCUGUAGUUUCUGCAGUAUUCAUUCAGAGUAAAUCCUCUGUGUUGUUCUGUCUAAAGAGAUUUGAUCAGCUACAGCCAAAGCUCUGAUUGGACCACAAAGACCAGUUGAACAGAUUAUCGGUCACUUAUCAUCAUUAUGUUGCUGUGGCCAAACAUCUGUCAAAGCAGACUCCUGAUCCCUGAUCCUCGAUGUUAAUGAAAGCUUUAAACCCUGAAUGAAUGUGGGGGUAAAUUUAUUCUGUAUUAACACAUAAAAAUGGACACAGUUUGACUGUUGUUUUGGUUGAUUUAAACAGAGCUCAUUUAUGAGAAUAUAGGAAAACCUUCAUGCACUUUGCCAAAAUCAUCCGAGUUACAAUCAAGCUGAUAUCUAGUAUAUGAUCCAGUGUACAGGACACACUUUUAUUCCCUCCAACAAGCGAGCUGUGUCCUAUACAGCAGUGUGAUCAAUAGUACAUUAUAAAAUGCAGAGGUAUUACAACCUAGAGGAUGAUGUUAUAAUCCAUCUAAAGCUGUCACAGGGGCAGUUGUGGUUCAGUGGUAGUCGAUUGUUCCUCAUACUGAAGGUUGGUGGUUUGAUCCCACGGUCUUAUGCUGAAGUGUCGUAGUCAUACAGCGACCCUCACUGAACAAUAGCGCUCAAAGGCACCUCCACCUGCUUCUGAAGUUGCCCUCUUCCAGCUACGACAGGUUAUUCAGCCCAAAUCUGGAACCUGAGGCACAUUUGAAUCCACUGCUGUUAGUAGGAAUUGAAUCAGUGACUGUGUGAUCCUCAAGUCAAGGUUUUACCUAUUGAGCCGCUACUACUGUUCAAGCUUUUAUGAGUUUAUGAAACAGAACCAGCAAUUUGAAUGUAUUUUUGGUAUAAUUCUGCGUUAGUAAAACUCAAAGUGACAAAUUAAUGGAGGAAAAACUUGCAAAAUUAUAUGGAAUAGCCCUUUAUUAGAGCUUCUGCUAAUAAACAAGGUAACAGGACAUCAAGACUUGUGCUGAUAUAAUUAUAGACCCUAUAGGAUAUAAAGAACUUAAUAUGACGCUUGUGGUGCAUAUGUGUCAGCAGAGGACAGAUUUCUCAGUUUCUCUUUGAAUGUGUGUUCAAGUUUCUCAUUUGCUGGCCCUUCUCCCGGGCUGUCAGGGUGGCAAGCCACAGUGACUGUAAUUGAGACUGACUUCAGCCCUCAGAUGAAAGGAGGAGGGCGGGGGAGAAAUGGAAAAAGUGGCAGGCGUUCAAAAGAGAAAAAAAAAUAAUGGGUGAAGAGAAGAGGGGAUCUGAGAGCCAGAGGGAGUGAGUGAAGAAUGGACGAGGAAACCUGUCAGUUUGAGUGAUGACACUCUUCUAAGCGUCCUUUAAACAACCUCACACCGUCACACUCUUCUCCAGGAGUGAUACUGUGACUUUGCAGAGUGUCACCUUUCGCUGGCCUUGAGGUCAGCCAGUUUUAAAAGGUACUCAGGCCCCAGCGAGAAUUGAACUCGCGACCCCUGGUUUACAAGACCAGUGCUCUAACCACUGAGCUAUGAGGCCUUGCUUGUGAACAUACCAUCACAGUCAGGUAUUUAAUGUUCUUACAAGAGGAGCACACACCCCAUUCACAUAGUAACUAUUGUUGGAGUAAUGAUACCAGCCAAACCAGUUAACCCAACAAAUGAUGGCCUUUAAGUCACGCUCUCAGCUCUACAAUCACUUCACUAUGUGUAACUGGGUUAAUGUAAUAAUCCACUUCUGAGUAGUAUGAGAAGUAUUCUGCGUGUGUUAGGACAGAUUAAUUAAUUAUAACAUUAAUUUAAAAAAAUAUAUUAUUGUUGAUUAAUAUCAACUUUCCAGGCAUUUCAGUGUAUCUAUUGGUAUGAAUUCAACAAAGCCGAGACAAAACUUCCUGUUCCAUGUUUGAGAGAGAGAGAGAUAGAGAGGAUAGUAGAUGGAGUAGGAGGCUAGGAAGAGAUACAGUGACAUACAGAAAGCAGCUGUACGAUCAGCUUCCACUUAAGUAUCAUGAUACAGAUUUGUAAAAAGUUAAAAUCCAAGUUUUCUCAGGUCUGGAUCUUGGAGAUCUAUACACUGGUUGGCUUUUGUGACACAGUGGUAAGGACGGUUGAUGCUAAAGUUUAAAUGUUUGAUUUAGAAGAGAUUGUUAACUACACUUGCAUGGUGAUACCUGUCAUGGAGAUAGAUAAAUUGUAGUCAGAUUACAGCUGAUGGAAGGUGGGAUAAAAUUACUGCUGAAGAGGAGUAGAUGAGGACUUUGCAGCAACAGGGUUGGAGAGAUAAACAGCAUGUGUCCUCAUAGGGGUUACGGCUGUCUGUCCUCCUGUCCUCGUCUCUGGCUCCGGUCUGUCCUCUGCCGCCGGUUUCUUUCCUUCCCUGUUAACGGUGAUGCAAAUUCUCUCCAGGAUAUUUUGGGUUUAUCUCGGGUUGCACCAGCUCUUUGUUUGGGUUCGCCUGUUUGACUUUAAAUGUCUCAUUGUAUCAGCCGUCACUGGCUGUUGUUCAGCAGACUCAGGCCAGAAAACAAGGCAGAUACAUGCUGAGUAACGAUCAGAGCACAAAUUUAUCUCUGGGAAACUUUUUAAAUUCAAGAGUAUUUUAUAAGGAAAAACAGCACAAUAAAAAUGCUGCCGUUUUCCAUGACACUAGGUGCUGAUCAGUAUGGAAACAGUGACAGUGAGUUAUAAUUUGUUAGACACUCAGAGAUCUGCUACAUGUAACACAGAGGUAGCAUUUCAGCUUCUUACCCUGAGCAUGACAGUGUAAUAAAUAACCCACAGUGUGAAUAAAGGGUUAAAAAAAUGAACUGAAAAAGUUACAGCAGUUUUAUGAAUGAGUUAUAGUUUUCAGAGAGACCUUUUUGGCAGACCGGUGAGAAGGGAGCCACAGUUAUCAAUGCAGCUGGUGAUAAAAGCAUGAAUUAAAAAAGUCAAACUUUGGCAAUGUGUCUUUAAUGGUAAAAUGAAGAAUUUAUACAGUUGAGUGCUUUUGGCAUAAAAAUGAUAGUUGAUGUGGUAAUGAGCGAUGAUAUUUCUAAAUGGAAGUGUGUAAAUUAAAACAGGCCCAAGAAUGCUUCCCUGAGGAACACCAUAUUUAAAAUCAUCUGUAUCUGACACGAAAGCACUGCGGCUGAUAAAGGACUGUCAUUGAAAAAAGUGCUAGCUAUAGGUUUGCCUUGUGUAAACUUGCAGCCGGAUACAUUAAAAAAUCUGUUCCAAAAUCAAUAUUUCCAAUUAAUUCAAAACUUCAGGAAUAAUAAUGAUAGUAAUCGUAAUAAUAGUAAUAGAUAACAUUUUGAGACAUGACAAAUGAGACUACAGACCAUUGAAUUUCCCUUUGGGGAUAAAUGAAGUUAUUCUUAUUCUUUAAGAAAGAAUUACUAUUCUGGUAUGGAUCCACGAUGCAUACAAACAUACAUACAUACAUACAUACAUACAUACAUACAAUGGCCAAAAAUAUGUGGACACCUGAACGUUUUACUCUUGAAAGAGUCUUUUGAAGACUGUUUUAUUUUCAGCCACCACAGUGUUUGUGUUGUGCUGUUGUUUGAUAAAACUGGUCUUUCUACUCUCUUCCUUAAAGUGCUGCAUGAAGCUGAAGUCACGGCUCUGUGAAGUUUUAUAUCUGCUGUUAUUAAAAGAAAAUCACUCACAGAACUGACUUUGUGUAGUGGACCAAACAGAUUAAUACUGCUGCUGUUUGUUUUGUUAAGACUUUCCUUUUACUCAAAUGUAAAAGUCUGACGUAAGCUUCAAGAACAUCUCCAGACUUGUGUGUGUCCAGACUGGAGUUUAGUGACUCAGUGAAGAGACGGCGCAGAAAGAGAGGGUUUAAUGCCUUUUCUCAUCUUGAAUCUUGCUUCUUUGAAAGUUAACAGGAGGAGGACAUAGGGAGAAACUUGAGCAAAAGAGAGGGAGAGAACACAGUCAGCAAUAUGUGUAAAGUGAAGUAAAGAAAGCGAAUGAAAAUCGUGACAGAGAGGAGAAAUAUGAAAUAACAAUGACCUAGCUCUGCGUUAUAUCACUGGACAAGGUUUCCAUCUUACCUGGGAGGUGAAAAGAGAAAAUAGUUGGUUAUUUCAUGAGGUGCAAGAGAUGCUGACGUCCUGUGUACUGUGAGUGUCUGUGAUUUUUGGACUGUAAUUAUUCAAAUCAGCGCAGUUUCAAAGCGGUCACAUCAAAGAGAGAGGAGUUUUACUCAUCGGCUACGUUGAAAUUGACAAGUCUUUCAUAGUGGUUUCCACGGCAACCAAAGGGGAGAAGAUUUAGCAGGGGAGAGAAAGAGCUACUAUUUGCAGCAUCACAUGUCCUCCAUCACAGGAAGUGUGUUUGUUUAACGAACCAUUCAUUAGAGAGAAACAGUGAGCCGUGUCUUCUUUUAGAGUGACUUUUAUUACAGAGGGUGAGAAGAGUCAGCUGUAGGUGGACGAGGUGAGCUCGAUACAAACUCUCCAGCACCAGAACAUAUUUAUCUCUGUUUGGAGCUCACUCAGGAUUAUGUCCACGUUUGCUUCCUCAGAGGAUUUUUGACUUUGAUGACCCUGACUCAGAAAAGCUGCUCACUAACACUCCAUGUAAACAGAAAGAUACCAGAAGUGCUUGAGAAACCAGCAUCGGCUUAGCUGAGUGGUUUUGGUGUCACACUUUGGAUAUUUGUCUGAACAGUGAAUUAGAGAACUGCCCCUGAUCAGGUCUGUGAUCUGCUUUAACACAGCAGGGGUGCGUGCCAUCAGUGACCGAGCCGUGUUUGUGUCCCUCUGUGAAUUCACAGCAGUAAUGUGCCGGGCUGAUGGGCAACUGUUUUGACCAAUGACGAGGCUUCCUGGACAAAAGAGAGCAGAUGGAGAGCUGGUGGCCUACAAAGAUGCUGUCAAGACCUCUCUGUGUGUUUGGCUGUGUGUGUGUGUGUUUGUGUGUGUGUGGCUGCACAGAUUGCUUUAGUUGGAUCCUGUCAGUGUUGGACUCUGUGAAGCUGUGCACUCCACAGCGUGUGUGCUGUCUAAAUUUAGACCUCAUUCACCAUCAUUUAAAUUGACUCGUAUUUUUUUUCGGUCUCCAUCUGAAACUUUUCAUCUUGAAGUCUUGGACCAUUUUUGAGCACAAACUCUCCAGACGCUUCUGUUUUAUAUCAACAUUUUAUUGAGAUGAGUGCAUCCAUAUCACCUCUUGCUUUAUUUAUGGGACUGUUUCCACUGACACAGUGUUUCCAAGUCUCUCUUCCGUUCUGUAAAUCCUCUUUUUUUUUGUUUAAGCAAAGUUUAAAACUGAAACUGGAUCAUAGGGGGUCUGAUUCAUUCAGCUCUCUGGACCACUGCAGGAUCCUGUGUGUACGAAUGUGUAUAUUUUGGCUUAUGUGUUUAGCCUGAUCAGCAACAGAGUGAAAAACUUCACUUUGGUCUUAAAAACAAAGUUUGUCUCCUGUCAUUUUCUUUACAAUCUCCUGAUAGUACCAGCUCAUUGUGUCUCUGUCUCUUUGUUUCUCUGGCUAAAUAAUAAAAAACAAAGAGUCAGACUGAUUCAGUCAGACAGGAGGAGCUGCACAAACACAGAAACACUGGCAGGCACUGAGCCUUUGUUUACCCGGUGGUAUUUUCAUAGUAUCAGCCUUCUGAGAGUCAGACUGAGUCUCAUUUCAAAUGACUCAAGCUGGGAUAAAUCCAAACAGAUACUCUCACAGUCUCACGCUAAAUGCUGUUUUUUUUUAUAGAAAUCUAAACCCCUCCAGAUUUUUCCUUUACUCUGAUGUGCUGACCAGCUACCUGACCAACGGCCUGACAUCUCUGGAGCGUUUCCCAAUCAGCUUUAAGACUCAGUUUUCAGGCCACUGUUUCCACCACGUUGUGCUGGGUGUCUACUGCAAUGGCCGCUACGGCUCUUUGGGAAUGAGCCGCCGCCAAGACCUGAUGGACAAACCGCUGACCCACCGCACGCUGGGGGAACUGGUGGCCGAGUUUGAGAGCUCCUACAAGAGAUACCAGCACACUCUGAAGAAGGUAAGAGGAGAGAGGAAACAGGAGUAAUAGUGAACCUGUCCAAGUGAACGUGUUAAUUUGAACUUCUUGUUUCACUCAGGUGAAGAUCGGCCUGUAUGUGCCUCACGACCCCCACGUCUUCCAGCCAAUCGAGUGGAAGCAUUUGGUGCUGAAUGCUGCAAGACUGGGACCUCAGGAGAUGAGGAAGGAGCUGGAGAAACAUGGACGGGACAUGAGGAUGAAGGUAUAUGAUGUUCACAAGUGGACGACUUUUAUAAAACCCUUACAGACAGUUUCUUGACCCUGAAAUAAAGACCUGAUUUCUUGUAUGCACAAUGUAUCUCUCCCAAACUGAAUUAGGUUCAGGUAAGAGAGGCUGUCUGAUGAUAUUAAGACUUGAGUGGAAAUAAAGCAGUAUUUGUCUCAGCUCUAGGGCUGGGUGAUAUAGGAAAAAGUUUAUCACAAUAUAUUUAUUUCAUAUCAGUCGAUAUCGAUAAAUAUCACGAUAUAAAGAAUGAAACUGAACAGUGCUUAUUGGUAGCAUGUCUUUUGCAAUACAAUAAGCUACUGCAUGUGAAGUCUUUGUGUCUCUUAGAUGUUUUGUCGUAAGGCGUUGCGCUAGAAAAGCAAACUGAAUGGUCGGUUGUUUCGGCUGCUCAGGCGCCAUGGGCUCCUUGCCACGCUCAGGGUUUGUAACCUAUUAAGUUGCGCGUGUUCUGCUGCGUGGCACUGCUUCAGGUGGUGAAAAAGAUUUGAGGUAUUCCCUGACUUUGCGAGAACAUGUACAUGACAUAAUUGGCAGCUCACAUUACUCUGCUUCAUGUCCAUCCUCAAAAAAACCAAAAUACCUACACACCACCGACGUUUUUGUGCCAGUGUUGUUGACAAUGUCGUCAUCUGUUGAGCCUUCAUCUGCUUUUCUGCUGGGAGUAGCACUCAUUUUCUUUUUUUCUCACCAACAGUGCUGUCGGCCUCACGUGUUAAAGUGCUAUGGUUGCGUGUAGCUGCAGCCUGUUACUACGCAGUUGUUUGCUACUUGGUUUUAUUUCAGCACAUGAUUGGUUCAGCGUGAAGCGGACCCGGAGCAACUCCCCUCAUUUGCUAUUCAUAUAGUCCACCAAAACAUGGCAGAAUGUCGACUAUCGAAAAGCAUAUUGACCAUGUUUUAUAUCAAUAUGGAGGAAAAUUAAAAAACAGAGAAACUCAAGAAAAAGAGGAAAAGAAGUCAGUCCAACAGCACUGUAUUUUCCUCACAUUUUUCUCCAGUACAGCAGUAACUGAGUAAAUGUUAAUGAUAAACCAACCUUGUCUUUACUUUGUAGAUAACCCCUAAAUUCAAAUGCACUGACCUCACACAUCUUCUCCACUUAAGUGGUUAUUUGUUGAGAUAUUAAAUUGUAAUUUGGCUCAAAAAGUCCCCAGAUGGAUGGAGGCCUUUCUCCUCCAGCAAAGAUCAAAGAGAGCAGAGCCAGUAAAUCUUCAUCCUCUGGUGUCACAACAGUGAUAGAAGAUGAUUCAAGGUCAUCUUCUGAAAAGUUUAUCAUCCAAGUGUUUUGUUACUUUAUCCUUGAGUAGAUUUAGCAAAUUAAUUAACUUUACUUUAAGGAAGUCUGUCUGAAGGCUGCCAGUCACUGUUCCAUCUGUCAUGUAGGAUUGAGUGACAUCUAACUUCAGCUUUUUUUAGCAGCUGCUUGUUUCUGUUAUCUCCCGAACAAAAAACUGUUAGAAGCCUAAAGCUGCGGCAGAAAGUUGGCACCAAACAGCCCGAGGGAAGAGAAACAGCCUGCACACAAUCUACAGAAUAAAUCCUCCCGGACGUUAACAACUGAACAGAGUGAAAAUGAGCCGUUUGGGAGGUGCUCGGCCCGUUUCCAGGAGCAGGACAGAAGGAAAACACGCAGUUAGCAGUACCGCUGCUGGGGAAUUUAUCAGCAGGAAUACAAUAAAAAUAUCUCUGGAAACAUAAACACUCAAACGACUUCUAAAGUCAGAGCUGGUGGGGAAAAUGACUUUUAGGAAACACAAAAAAACAAACACAGAGGCUCUUAUACGUGCUGCCUCUGACUGUGACUCAGAAACUCAACUAAGGUUAGUUUAUUCUUUAAACUCUGGAGAUGAUUAGACACACAGCGAACCCUCUGCUCUGAGGUUUUCAGCACUGCUCUCCUUUUUUAUCCCCUCCACUGCAAGUCUUUGUCGUUCUUAAUGUCUCCUGAAGGAUUUAGACACUGCUGUCUUUUGUUUUAUGUUCCUGUGUGCAGUAAAAAAAAAACAGCUGAUGGAUAUAUUUUCUAUUUUCAACUGAACAAGGGAAACACCUGUUUUAAUUUUCCAUGAAGGCAAAGAUGGAUGUUUCCUUCAGGCUGAACAUGGAAUUCAAACUGUCAGGAAUGAUUUAGGCCAUGAUGGAGGAGGAAGGAAUGUCCAAGAGUGUGUGUGUGCGUGUGUGUGUGUGAAGGAAAGAGGGCGACACAGAGAAGUGGUUUUGCGGUUGGAAAAAACACUUCUUGGAUGAACCCUCUUAAGCUUCGUUUUUGUUUUCUUUUUGCAGUUUAGCAUUUUUCUGCUGCAGCUAUUCCCUGAAAGUAUAAUGUGGAUCUUGGCAUGUGCUUGUGUGUGUUUGUGUCUGCGUUGGAUAGUGCUAUAUACACUGUCUGCAUGUCAGCAAGAUAUGUAGGUCAGCGAGUUUUCAGCUGUCACGCACACACAUGUAAAUGAAAACACCGACACAGACAGUCCGACUCUGAUCAGCUGUUCAGAUGUUUGUGAGAUUUACACCUAAUCUCUACUGUCCUCCAGAGAAUUUCAAUUUAUUAGAGGCCUCAGGGGGUGUGUCUGUAUGUGUCUGUCUGUGUGUGUAUGCCUGAAUAAAAUUACACAAAAAAAUUACACAAAAGGAUCUCAAUGAGUUUUGUGAGGUGUCAAAGGUUGAUCCUGAUCCAGACAAAAUUCUGGAUACUGUGAUCCAGAACACACAAAAAUAUGGGUGUCGUUGGAAUUUUCAAUGCUGAAAGAUAACCAAUGGGCGGCACAGUGGUGUAGAUAGGCGGCACAGUGGUGUAGAUAGGCGGCACAGUGGUGUAGAUAGGCGGCACAGUGGUGUCAUGGUUAGCACUGUCGCCUCACAGCCAGAAGGUCCUGGGUUUGAAUCUGGGUCAGGGCAUCUCUUGUUUUAGGAACAUUAUGAACAGUGAACAUACCAGUUUAAACACAAAUAAAUGUUAAUAAAAGACACGUAACAGUAAAAGUUUUGGUGUGAAUCACAAUAUAAGGGAGGACAUGAGCUCAUUAAAUCAAUGACAGGUCUCACAAGUUAAAAUCACAGACUGUAUACAUCCCAUAGAUGUUGGAUAUGAAAAGUGGAGCUAAUGCAAAAGUGCCUUUAAUUUACAGUAGGGUGACUUAUGAGUUGAGGGUCCUCGUGUGCAGUGUGAUGGUUCAUGAAUAAGUAAUGCUUUCAUGGGGUAAAAAUAGAAAUAUGUAAGAAAUAGCUGAGGACAUGUGAGACAGGAACAACACUCACACGUACACACACUGACCCAUAUAACUUCACAAAUCACAUGACAAACACGACCAGCUGUGGAGGAGAGCUUCUUCCUGACUUCAGCUUUGUGAAAGGAAAACUUUCCGUCCAUGUUCAUCCUGCAGGUUUCCUCUCUGGCCGGGCGCUUAAUGAGAGCGUCAAGAUCCUGUUUAAAGCUUCAGAGUUUUUCCACUCACAAUUUAUGUGUCACAGCUGCAGCUUUUGGAGAACGAGCGAGCGCACAAACACUCUCAUGCAUGUGCACAGUUGGAUUGUUUUCCCGGGGUCUCAUUCAUCAGACCUGCUCUCUCUGCCCUGCGGCAGUGAGCGCUGGCGUCAUGCUAGCUUAAUUUCUGUGCGUUGAAGAAGUUCAGUAGCUCUUUGUGGCAGAGUGGCAGGGUGGUAAAACAGAACAGCUUGUGUUUCUGUGGGUGAAUGAUUACACAGAUUCAACCGCAGUUUCACUGUUCUCCGGUGACAGCUCAGACUUGAAGAAUGGAGCUGAAAUGUUGAUGUGGAAUAAUGUGACAAUGUUUUCUGUUUUGAAUGAUUCUAAACUAAUAAUACUGAACUAAUAUAACAAUCUAAAGAUGAAAAAGCCACUUUGAUUUUUGAUGUUUCAUGUCACUCUGCUUUCAGAUCCUAAAAUCAUCGAGCGCCCAGUCACCAAUCAAGGAGCGGAGCAGGGGUAAAUCCUUAUCACCACGGCGACGACAGAGCAGCCCCCAGCGACGCUUCCCACACCGCAGAGACAAAUCGUGAGUCCCCUAAAACAGUUGUAGCCCCAUUAACUGAAGAUGACUUUAACAAAUUUGCUUCCUCCUCUGGGAUCAUCAGUGUUUUAACAGCGGAGGAGGGAAUUUAUCAACCCUGAUGUGUCCCCUUCUUCUUCUUCCUCUCUUCCUCCUCCCCUCUCUCUCCUUUCUCCUCUGGGCUCUGCUCAUCAGGUCAAGGAGAGUUUAUAACUUAAGUCUUUGUUGCUGACAGCUCAGCGUUAUCACCCAUCAGACGAGUCCUUGUUCUGUUCAGCUGACACUAGGCGUUGUCAUCACCGUGGCUGUGUGUGUGUGUGAGUGUGUGUGAGUGCCUUUCUUUGUCUCACUGUGAAGUAGAAUGUUGGUUCACUGAUUCAGCAAGAAAACACUAAUCUACAUUUAAGAUUCAAGAGGAGACAGAACCAAAUCCCACUGAGAAAUUUAAAGCGUCCUUCUCCUAUCCUCUGAAUACAUCUUUAUAGAGUCAUAUGAAAAGUCACAUUCAAAUCCCCAGGAGACACUCUUUAGUUUGGCUUUGAUACAGCCGUAAGAUGAGUCAAUAUUUUCAUAGGUUAGUUUGAGUAUGAGGCCUUGGAAUGAUCAAAUUCUUACUCAUUAUUUAAGUGAUUACUUCCUAAGAAAAACUGGUAGUGUAUGGUAGGGAUGGGAGAAUUAUUGUUCACGAUAUAUCGUCAGAAAAAUCCUCCAUGAUAAAUAUUUGCCAUCUCAUGAUAAAUACAAUAAAUGCAAGUUGAUGACGCAAGUGCAAGCAACAGACUCGCAGCCGUAGCCCACACAGAGCAGAAUAACAAACAUGGCUGAAGGUAACGAAGAAGACGUUUCUGAGCAGCUUGUUACUAAACAAGGCUCCACAUAAGGAAAUUAGUUAUGCCUGACAUCAGAUAGUGGAUCUGCUGCUGUUCACUCUGUGCAAUAAGAGUUUUCAACAAAUGUGAAAAUGUUUUCACAUUUGAGACUUUUUUGAUGUCAUUUGUUUUCUCCAUAACCUACCGCUUAAACUUGUGGUUAAGUAUCUUAUUUGAUGACUCCAACUGGUGUUCUCAAGACAAAAUGAGUCAAAAAUAUAGAUUGGAAUUAUAUAUAUUUUUGAACUUUUAUCAUUAUCGCUAGAAUGGCAAAUCUUAUCGUGAUAAAUUUUUUUAGUCCGUAUCACUCAUCCCUAGUGUAUGGUAACAUGCAGCAUCAUGAUGAAAUGUAUCCUCUUAUAUUCUUUCAUAUUGUAACUGUAAGUGCACAAUGUUAAAAUCAGCCUAAUGUUGCAGGUUAUUCCGUUUCUGAUCUUUAUAUCGGAUAUAAAAAAUACAGUAAUUUAUACAAGAUAAAUGCAGUUCAUUUAAGUGCUUAAAAUACAAAGAUACUAUUUAUAAUUUGGACCUUUCUUCUGUCAAAUCAAAUCCUUCUAGGAAAGAAUAAAAGAGAAGGAGGAGACAGUUCAGGUGGAGCACAAAGAGCCCCAUGACAGGAACUCUCUGCUCUCCUCUCUCCUCCUGCUCUCCUCUUUCUGUAUAUUGCAUUGUUUCAUAAUGACAACAUAAAUUUACACUCACACAUACAUUUUUGUACAGAUAGUUUUCUUAAAGUUUUGCUGAACAGGAAAAAGAGUCAGUCAAAGAUGUUUUUGAUGUAAAGAAAUCUAACAUGUACUUCCUACAUGAGCUACAUGUCUCGAAAUUCUGCAUGAUGGGAAGUUUGUUGAGACUCAGUUAAAAACCAGGUGCAUGAAAUUCUUUCAGGGUUAGCAUCAGCUCUUCAACCGUCUGACUCAACCGUCUGCUUCAACGGCAGGAGAACUUUUGACAAACACACACACACACACAUACACACACAUGCAGGACGCUGACUGUGUUUGUGUGCACUGUCAGCUGUGUGACGGCAAGUAACACAAUCUGACAACAGCUGCAGCCCGGCUGUGCUGCAGCAUCACCACCGACACACACACACAGCACCAGAAUUAGCCCUCUUUAGCUGUCACCAUUUGACAUGGCACUGUGGUAACCUCUCUCAUGAAGAGCUGAAAGAAUGGAGCUGAGCUGUUCACCAGAUCAGCUGAGAGAAUAAAUCAUGAACCCCAGAUACACUCAGUUAUAAUAACGAAUAAUCACAUGGUGUUACCACAAGUCUCAUUAUUUUCUCAUCUUAGAGGUCAGUAUCAUAAGUCAGGACAGCUCUAACUGAGGGUUUUAACAAAUUUAUAUCUUCUUGCUUCAGUUUUGUGCAGAUCAAAGUAAAUAAUGUAAAUCUGUGUGAGUUACUGAGCGAUUCCCAUUCGAUAAAUUUGACCCUUGUAGUUUUUCAUAGUUGUGCGGCCUGUUCUCAGCAAACGCCCUCCAUCUGAACUCUAAAACCUGAUCCUCUGCCUGUUUGCUGGUGAUAUUUUUAUGAUCCAUUUUAGCGUGGAGGUGAAACCAGGUAACACUCACACACAGAAGAGGACAGACUGUUUUCCUCUUGUGCCAAAUAAGGCAAUAACAUUUAAAAAGUUUCCUUAUUAGCCUAAAUGUGCUCCUCUCCCCCUCAGGGUUCAGAUCGGCUCGGGGUUAUUUUAAUUUCUGAGGAAGUUAAUGUUCUCUGCAGCUCACAGAGGCAGCUGAAAGGCAGACUAGCUCUUGAAAGCGGUUGAAAGUGGUACUUAAAAAGCUAUUACAGUUAUCUGCAGAGCACUUAGACACUUCAACAACAUGCUGCCACUUCAGCAGAGACACACUGCAAUAAUCUGCAGCUGCUUUAACCAGCAACACUUCAGCAGCACAGGAUCAGUAGCUGCGUUUACAUGGGCACAAGUAACCAGAAUAAACGCCCGAUUGGAAUAAAAAAGCAUCAGAAUCGGAAGAUUCUGAUCCAAUUCGGCUCAAUCGGAAAGAAAUUUUAUUCUGAUCAAGAAGGAUGGUUUAUGCCGAUCGUUAUUCCGAAACACGUCCAUGUAAACACUUAUUCCGAUCAUGACUCUCUUACUCGACUCGAUCUUCAAUCUUUAGCCUUUGGUUUAUCUAUUGAGGAGGUUUCAUUAUUAACACUCUGGCAUAAAACACAGUCCCAACAAUCACAACUUUCAGGUAACUCUUUCCAGCGUGUCUUUCAUUUCAACUAAAAUUGUACACAUCGGGACUUCUUUGCAGCAAAAGCAUCUAUGGUAUCAUCAAAUGACACCUGCCUAGACACUUCACGGUUGAUUCUCAUCAGUGCAAGUCCAUUUAACCGCUCUUGAGACAUGGUGGAUCUGCAACUUCUGUGUCAGUUCCUUCUAGUCCAGGUCUGACUGUCCAUUACAGCUUAGGGUGUUUCUAAGUGUUUCACAAUGUCUUCUUAAUUCCUCAUUGGGCAGGUCAGGGAAGUUGACAAGAAAGAGAACACACAAAGGAGGGUGACUGGACAUAGAAAAUUAUUUUUAUUUUUAUUGUUUUUAUUUAUUUAUUUUUCCUUGAGGCCAACAAUGCCUGGCGGCACCCCUCCAGCAGAUGGCGUCCUAGGCAACUGCCUAUAUCGCCUAUGCCAUGACCGCGUUUGUUGGUUUGUUGACAGCACAGGUGUAAAAAUAACUCUUCUUCUGCGGUUGUUUGAGUGACAACUCUGCGCAUGUCCAAGUGCUUUCAAUCUGAAUAAAGGUUGGUGCAUGUACACCUACGUCAUGAUCAGAUUAUUUGAUUUUGUGCCCAUGUAAACAGUAGAUUCUGAUUAUCCAGUCCCUUCAUUUUUUAUGUACAUUUUUAUUCACAUGUAAACAUUGAUAUUUAGUAGCAGGAGGACCAUGGCAACAAGAUGCAUGUAAGAAAGGUAGAAUAUUCUCGUCGCCCUAACUGCCACUCUGUCUUUGCUUCGUCUUUGUUGUGGUUUAGCGCCCGGCUGACUGUGAUUUACGUUACAUUAUUUUAGGAAACACUUACAGCUGAAGUGUGUGAAGUCAGAGACAAAGAGAAAAGGUUUGAAGGAAAUAAAAGAAGCUUAAGAUGAGCUCAGGAGAAGAGGAGAGGCUGUAAAAGUGAAGGUUGGUGGUGGAGAGUAAAGGCAAAGCAAAAGAAAGGAAAAUAGAGAGAGGAAAAGAAAAGGGAUAAAAAGAGCUGUCAGUGUUCCAGAUUGGCUUCAACAAAUCACUCUUUUUUUUCCUCGCUGUGUCAGAGAGAGAUGAGAGAAGAAGUCACUGAAGAAAAUAAACAGAUGGAUGAAGAAAAGGGUGAUGAAGGAGAGAGAGAGAAAGGGAUGGAAUAGAUGGAGAAAAGGAAAAAAGAGAGGAUUAAGUCUGAUGACUUUCUGGCUUCUCUCUGCGAGCUGAAUCUCUUUCGCAUUUUCCUUCUUCGUGCUCUAAACUUUUUCCUCUCUUCCACUUUCAAAAAGAACAACCGUUUUAUUUUUAUUCAGUUUUUCCAUCCAAAUAUAGAGCAGAGACGCUCUGGAUCUGAUCAAACAUUUAAAAGGCUGAAAGUUCAGUCCCAAAAAAAACUUACAGGCUUGAAAUCUUAAAAAAGUGGACCUGAGUUGGAAAUGUUUUUGUGGAAACAGCAGACGUGUUCCUUAAAGGUUUUUAAACUCCAGUCUCUCUGCAUGAAGAAGUGAAAAGCAAAUCUGACGGUCUGUUUUCAGCUGUUUGAAAAAACUCAAGAAACUUCCUUUUUCACUUUCACCAGUGAAGCUCAAAUUCAGGGGCAGUUUUAAUAAUAUAAUAAAAAACUUCAAAACUGACAGCUGAAUCCUGCUGAAAUUAUAACUUUAUUCUUAAGAAACAACAACUUUAUUCUUGUAUAUUUACAGCUUAACUCUUUUACAAUCAUAACUAAUUAAAUUUUUUUAAACUUUACUUAAUAAACAACUUUAUUUUCAUAAUUUCUCCCUCACAUUUUCACCGUUUUUCUUCUCACGUGUCAUUAGAUUUUGUUCUUGACUCUGUUGGAGUUCGAUCUGACACUUCAUCAUAUAACCACAAAAGUUCACCCCCAGGCGCUCUCUUUAACCCGUUUAAAAAGCCUCCUCUGUCACACUUCAGUCACGUUCAACCCUAAAAUACACCCUGAUGCUCUCGGCAUCAAACCUUUAUCAGAUGGUCCAAAGACCUCAUAUAACAGACUCUUUGAAAGUGACUCUCCACCAAUAAUAAUCUCUCACAGGAGUGUGGAGUGUUGAUCCUGAAGGGGGCAGAUACUUUGGUUUUUGGACUGUUGGAUCCUUGUUUACUGUUUCUGCACAGAAAUGCAGGGUCUGUAUAGGUUAGAGGUGAGAUUUUGUGAUCAUAAAGAGUUCAUUUAAAGAAAGUCUGUCCUCGUUUUAUUCUGACAAUGUUCAACAUAUACUGAGAAAUAACAUAACUCUCUCUGCCUCUUUUCUCUUCCAGGCCGGCGUCAGUGGAGAGGAAACCUCCGGAGCUCAGCACUCUGAACGAUGGCUACCAGAUCCGGAUCUGACCCCCCACUGCUCCACCUCCCAAUCAUUGCUAAAUCCGUCCGGCCUUCAAAUCCACCCUGAUCCAGCAGUCUCCACCUGCCGCCUGUGUUCCUGGGAGAGAGGAGUCACUGCAGCACAGAGCCACUCAGCCGGAUUUAACACAGACGAGGUGGAUGAUGAACACAUGAAGAAAAGCUUUUCUGAGCAGGAAACACGAGGAACUUCUUAGAGAGUGAGACUCAGACCAAACGUGACAGUCUGGUUUUAAUUCUGCAAGGAGGGCACUGAACAGACACAAGUCUUCUUUGUUUACUCUGACAUGUUUCAAUCAAACUUCUGGUUCAGAAGGAUGAAAAUCAAAGAUAAUCCAGACUCAAUCAGCUGGACAGGGAGAAACGAAAGUCCAACAGUCAAACGGUCUUAAGUUCACUCUUCAGUGAUCCUUUAGUGAGCAUGCAGCUCAGAGACACACUCAACAGAUACAUCUAUUAGAGGCUUUUACUACUCACUGUAUAAAAGGUUGGACAUGCAACACAUGCAAGAGUCCCAACUGCAUUAUUUGGGCGUGUUAGUCCAAAUAUACGUGCAUUCAUUUGAGCCCAAAGUUCAGCUUUAAAAAACAGUCAGAAAGGAUCUUUAAUUGACACCACUGAAGGAAUAUUCAGGACUCCAAUCUCAGUCCCAAACUUCCCCUGAACCUGCAGAAGUUCAAUUAUGAUGACAAAGAGGCAGACUUCCCGGAUGGAGUCUAUCGAUCCGAGCGGACGAGGAAGGAAUAAGCAGAGGACGCUCGGUGAAGUAUGCAGGGAUUCAAAGACUGAAAGAAUCGAUGGAGAGAAAAAGAAGAGGAUGAAAGAGAAAGGAGGGAAGAGGAGGCGAUGAAGUGAGAGGAUCCACUGCAGGAGAUCAGAGAGGGAUCAUUAGAGCACUGCGGCAAACCCCAGUCUCUCACCGUCUACUUCUCCCAUCCCUCUCUUUCUCUGCCCUCUGUUGACACGUUACUGAAUAUAUUCGCUCGCUCUGUUUCCAUCAAAGCUCUUAGAAACUCCUCAGACAGGAAAAUAAAACCACAGGUACUCACUAAAAGAGUCCAAAUCAGACACAGAUGGGCUGUACGUAAAAAACAAGAGGGCCUGAGUGGCUCAUACAAGGCCAACGUUCUUAUUUAUUUAACGUAUAAAUUUCUAAAGAGAUUUUAAAUGAAGCUAAGAGGGAAAAACCUGUUAUUGGGUAGAAAAGUGUCUAAAAGAUCUGAAAGAAAUAACCAGCACUGAAAACUGUAGGAAAUUUUUUUUUUUAAAGUCAUGUGUGAGACUUUUAGAAAUCUUCUUUGUCAAACUGAAAAUUUUGGAGUAUUUCCAUCAUAUUUAAUUGGAUUCUUUCACCUCAAAUUUAAUCCUCAUAAGAAAAAUUGUUUUUGUGGUUCAACCAUCCAAGGCUUUUAUCCGCACUGAACCUACAAACCUUAACCGUAACAGACAUGGACUCAUUUUUCAGGGGUCACCGAACAAAAAGAUUUGGAACCGCUGAUCCAAACCGACGAUUUUUCAGAGGCCUGAAGAUGUAAAAGUCUUCAGCAUUAGAGAGAAAAAAGUGAACUGUAGAGAUGUUUCUGCCGUGGUCUGAAUAAUCUGGAAAUUUGAGAACUACUUUGGGAGUGAAUAUGCUUUUCCGUGAGAACAUUCAGGUGUAGGUUUAGGGUUAGAAAAUGUGGUGGCUGACAAGGGCAGACGAUCUGCAAGCACCUUCUUCAACAGGCAGCAAACUGCAGAAACAAUGCAACUUUAAAAUCACAUGCAAAAAAUACACACAUGCACAGAGGAACGUGUUUGCAUCGAGCCAAAACAUCUGCAUUGCAAAUUUGUGUUGUUGGAGCUCUUGCAGCACCUUCCUUCACUUAAAGAUCAUCCAGGCUGUAGCAGAUUAUCUCUCACUGUAAAUAUAAAGCAGAAAAAAAACAUACACUGAUUUUAAAUCACCUCCUUUUAGUAAAAAAAACACCCAAAAGAAAAAAACUCAGACUACAAUAUUAAAGAAGCGUAAACCAUGAUCACCUGUGAAAACCUGGUUUUAGCACAACAUCUAAAGAAGAGACGACAGGUUUGACCAAAUCCGGCUGUAACUGAUCACUUUGUUUAUACAUGAAAUUAAUAAACUGAUAUCCAGUCGGCUGCUGUCCUCACAGCUGGACUGAGAAAUGAUCCAGCUGCUCGGAGUUCAGCUGCAGCCAGUUUGUCAGAUGGACAGAGAGAGAAGGCAGAUGUCAGCUGAGAGCAACAAAACGCCUCACUGAAGACAGAUUGAAGGAGGAGUGUAACACUCGGCAGAUAUUCAAAUGACAGCCUGAAAUUUCACAGUGGGAGGGUCCAGAGUCAGGGCAGUUGUCCAAUCAGAGGCCCAGAUUUCUUGUUUUCUGCAGGAGACAUGAAAAGAGUCAUAAGGUGCUCCAAAAGUUGCCUGUUGACAUCCUCUCUUCAGUCCUGCUCGUGCUCUUUCACACUCGUUUGUAUCAAAAGGAUCGUCCAAAAAAUCUGAUCGUUUUUGGACUCUCCUGUUGAGGCCUUCAAUGAAUCACAGCUGAGAUGCUUUAAAAUCUCACAUCACACAAAGAUAUCGAAUAUGAGACGGUGAACAUGAACUUUAGUGACGUAAAAACACUUGAAAAAAAAAAACAGAAAAGACACUUGCAAACAGUGAAAUAUCACAUAUCAAAUCAUUCACAUUUACUUCAGUCUAGUUAAAACAUGUCUGUAUAUUUAAAGCCAUCUUAGUGUGUUAAUGUUUCAUCAUUCUCAGAAUGUACUGUACAGUCUGAAGCCCUCAGACUGAGAACUAUAAAAGUCAGAUUUAAACCGUUCAACGACAGCCCUCUUCUCUGGCUCCUGACCAGCUUUGAUCGCAGUAUGAGGAGCUUCAUCUCUCAAAGCUAGCUCUACUUUUAUACAAACUGACUUCUUUAGUUUUCAUCUGAUGGCCUAUCUUAAAGAAAACUGUGUUUCCAAAUGUCAAACAGAGAUACUGUAACAUCUAUGAAGCUGCACCAGGUCGGCCUGCAAUCAGACGGCCUUUUUUAAUAUGCACUCCUGAGUGUUUUAAUAUCAUUUCAGGACCGCCAGCUCGUAACAUCACACACAGCAUGUAAAGGAGGUAAAAACCCUUUUACUGCUCAUGUGUGUGAAAGCAAACACAGAGCAAAAACAGAGCAGCAGCAAAGACUUCAUUAGCAGUUUACCCUUGAACAUGUGGAUAGUAAUGCAUCAGGAUUACAGGUUUAUUUAAAAAAUCAACGGGGUGUUUCUGUGUGUCUGUGUCAUAAAUCCGCCUGGUGCAGCCGUUAAUGCAAUGAAGCAAAGACGACCUGAAAAGCCUGUAGAGUUUCAUCCAAACACAAGCAGCCUCAUUUCUCUUUUCUUGUUUUUGUCACAUCAAUCAUCAGCAGGAGGAUUUCAGGAGUCUGAGUUUGGAUUGUUUCUGUCUUUUGAUUGUUUCAUCUCUUUUCUUUGAAUGUUUCACACUCACCGAACAAGGUUGUUCGCCGCCAACUUUGAGAAAUCCACCGACAUGUCAUCCUAGCUUUUUGUUUCAACAAUGAGCUAUGCAGGUAACAACGAAAAACAAAAUCCUUGUCUUCCACGAUUCAAACCAUGGAGGAGGGAGAUGUCUGUGGCUGGAUCUACACAAUCUGUUCGGACAGAAAUCGCAGCAUAUCUGUAAAUGUGUUUGGUGGCUCACAGCUUCUCCUGAUAGCAGCGUUAUCUUAGAUUCAGAGGUGCUGUGAGAAACAGCGGCGAGUAUUUCUACAUGUUUCUGAUGUGUGAACCAGAGCACAUCCCAGAGAGCGAGAGAUCCGACCCUCACAUCUCCAACUCUGGGACAAACCAACCAGCUGAACGUGAUCAUCUUUGUACCAGAGGUAAAGUGUUUGUCAGCCGUCAGACGAAGCACAAAGCUGCUUUUGCUUUUUCACUAUUCAGAGUUUCUCACAGACAAGCGGACUCUGAAUUUAUGCAUUUUCACACUGCAGAAGAACAUAUCCUGGAGUCCUUUUUUUGCAGAAAAGACAUUUUCUCUCUGAUGUUUGUGUAUUUUUCAAGCUUGAAGUAGUUUAAAGGACCUAUCAUUCAAAAAUUUCACAUGUGGACUCAAGUUGAUGUUUUAGAUUUAAAGACAAACAGAAACUUCAGUUCCUGGAUUUUAACCAACAACUGUGCUGAACCACCAGACUGCUCUGAGACAGACGACGCAGAAACAAAGACAAUACAAAUCCACUGAAAUCUGCUUUUUUUUAUUUUUAUUGGAACCUCUGUGCUUGACAAUGAUCUCUGUGAAUGUUUUCUUUUUGUACGUUUCUGUAAAGGAUUGUUUCUGCUUUGUUGAAUCUGAUCCAUCAGGAUGUUUUACUUUGAGUCGUCGAUUGUACCCGAUCAUUUUGAAUGAGGAGGAUUUGUUUGUGACAGAAGAGCAUCUUGUGUUUGUAGCAGGUGUUUAAUGGCCUUUGAUUUCUCUCCAAAGUGCUGAAACCACAUUUUUCAGUUCACGUCAGCCACUAGCUUUAUGUCCAGUAACAUGGACUGUAAUCUGAUCUGAAAGCUACAGAAGCCCUGAGUGGACAAAUAUCUAUACAUGUUAUUCAUACUCUGCUUUGUGCAACUCAUUCAUUUUAGCUGUUUGAGCUCAAGUUAAUCUUCUUGUAAUUCCAGGAAAAAUCAUCUAUAUUCACCAGUAUGAUGAUGAAGAAUUUAACGAGAGAAAUAUAUUAAUCUUUAAUUUAGUCCAAAACUUUUUCACCGUACAGACAGGAAAGAAAAUAAAUGUGGUUGAACUGAAGCAGGAGGAUUUACGCAUUUACAAAACGAGUUUGCAAACAAUUUACAAAUCUCACAUCAGGUCACGCUCUGUGCAGCGUGUCUGUGCCUUGUUUUCACUCUUUUAUCAACCUGAACUCCAUCCAUGAAACCAGCACAAGAAGUCCUCACCAUCCCAGUCAUUAAGUCGCUUCACUCUCUUGAAUCAAUGGAGAGGUGUAGUCCUGCCGCCUGUCCUGAUUUAUGUGGCUCGGUGAACAUAAAUCUUACUGCUGGAAAGAAGGUCAGAAAAUUAGGCCCCCAACUUCAACCAGAUGAAAACCUGAUGUUUGCAGAUCCUGUUUUUAAUAAGACCCCGACCUUCGAUUGGGAUCUGCAUUUAUGAGUUUUACUGUAAAUUAAAUGUAUAGAUUGAUGUUUGCUCAGGGCUCUUGUUGAAAUCAGCUCAUAAUGAGGACACUUUUUCCACACAAGACAGAAAUCUGACGACUCUUUCCCCUUAAAGCUCCUAUGAGGAGUUUUUACUGAAAUUCAUUCUGAUGUCAUUUUAUGAUGUCUGAAAGCAAACAAGACUGAUGCUUCACAUGUUGUAAUUGGUUUAAAAUUCAGGAGGAUAGGAUUCUAAGUCCAUAAACUCAACUUAGGCAUGUAGAGGUAGAGAUAAGCAAUUACUUCUCUGUCCACAGGGGGCGCUAAAGUUGACACAAACCAAAGGUUUCCCAGAAGAGCUUUAAAAAUAUCUCAACAUGUCGCUGAAAUCAACAGCAGUUUAAAGAGAAGUGUGCGGUGUAUUUAAAGCUCCAGUGAGAAACUUUUGGUUUGUGUCAGUUUUGGAGCCCCCUGUGGACAAAGAAGUAAUUGCUUGUCUCCUCCUCUACAUGCGCAAGUGAGUGAAAAAUCGUAUUCCUUUGAUGAGGAAAUAUACCAUUUAUUGUGAAUACUUUAAGUGAAUUUGACACCAACCCUCUCAGGCAUGAAAGGUUACAAUAAAAGAAAAAUAGUUAAUCUUGUGACUGAUAGUUUUGUUUGCUUUUGUUCAUCAUAAAAAGGUAUUAGCUUGAAUUUUAGCCUUUUUUACAAACGUCAAGAAUCUCUCGAUAGAAGCUUUAAAUAAAUCUCUGUCCCUCUAUAGUGAAAAUUUAGACGCUGGCUGACUUUAUGACCCCAAAAAGCAGGUAAUGACAAGUUCUUUGUUGCAUAAUAAUUUUCACAACUUUUGCUGUGGAAAAAAAACGACUUUUUCCAUUCUUGUUUUGCAGUUUCUAAAUUGGAAAAGUCAGUUUUUCCUCCUCUUGAAAUUAAAGCAACAUAUCUGACGUACAUAUCUGACGUAUUUGGUGGACAUGAAAAGUGUCCGCCAAGAGCAUCCAGUGCCUCUGCAGCGUGGCUUUAAUCAGAUGAAAUAUCUUGAUUUGACUGUGUGUGUCUGUGUGUCGUUUGGAGGUUCUGUCUACGGGGAUCGAUUUAUUCUGUCUGAACUGUUUGUGGUUUUAAAGUCAUGACUGUUACUUUUUCAUUUUUGGCCCAGAUGGUUUUCUUAGAGACAAAGAAAUGUUUUUAUUUACCUUUUUACCAACGUUAGAGAGCAGUCAGAUUUCCUCUGUACUGUGUUGAACAAAGGGACAGUCAGCCUCCGAUCAAACUCUGGAGUCUGACGCUGUGUAUGUUUGUAUUUGUGUGCGUGUGAGUUUAGGAAUUACGUCCUAAACCACUGCUACAGACUUUCGCUCAGCUCACUGGACUUCCUGGGGUCCUCUGAGUCGGGCCCUGCAAACUCUUGUAUUCUUAUUCAGAUUAUUUAUUGGGUUGUUCUGUUUAAAGUGCGCUGUCAGAGUCUGUGCAGAUUUCUGUGUGAGGACGUGAUGUGGUUUUCUAUUCCUGUGGAUCGAUAUCAGGAGGAGACGUGUGGCCCUCCCUGAGGUUAUGAGCAUGGUAACUGUCCCACUGCUCAGAUCUGGGUGGUUUGACAGCAGCUGUUUUUAUCAACACCUGUAGCAGCAUGUGUUUUAAUAAAGGAUCUAUGUUUUUAAAGA